GUCGGUGAUCAAUAGUUGGCGGCUUUGGAAGCCACUUUCUUGCAAAAAUUGCUACAAAUUAGUGUUGAGUUUAGAAACCGAAAGUGCAGCUAAAAUUAAAGUCUCUUGAUAUUUAUGUGUUUUCCACUCAAAAAUCAAAAAUAACAGUAAUACAAUGCAACGCUUGAACCGUAUACAAACGCGUCAACUUGUCGCGCUCACACACAAAACCACCAAAUUUUGGCAACAGCCACGUGUCCUCUACCAAACACGUUGUCUGGCCACACUGCCAGUGGGCGAGGUCUUGUUCCCUACAAAAUCUGAUUUCCCCAGCCGUCAUAUUGGACCACGUAAAACGGAUGUUGUCGCCAUGUUGGAUACUUUGGGUUUUAAGUCCUUAGAGGAGCUAACGAACAAAGCCGUGCCCAGGCGUAUACAACUACAAAGAGAACUAAAUUUGGAGAAACCAUUGAAUGAACACGAGCUCGUGCGACACAUACGCGGCAUUGCCAAACGCAAUGAGAUUUGGCGUUCUUACAUCGGCAUGGGUUAUCAUAACUGUCACGUACCACACACCAUAGUACGCAACGUAUUUGAGAAUCCUGGCUGGUUCACACAGUACACGCCCUAUCAACCGGAAAUCUCACAAGGCCGCUUGGAAUCGCUUUUGAACUAUCAAACUUUGGUUGCUGAAAUGACUGGUUUGGAUGUAGCGAAUGCAUCACUCUUGGACGAGGGCACAGCCGCAGCUGAGGCCAUGAGCUUGUGUACAAGGCACAACAGGCGCAAAAAGAUUUAUCUCUCCAAUAAAUUGCAUCCGCAAACUUUGUCUGUGGUACAGACACGCGCCGAGGCGUUGGAGUUUGUGACGGAAAUUGGACCGAUUGAGAGUGCCGAUUUGGAGGGACGCGAAAUAUCGGGUAUCUUAUUACAAUAUCCCGAUACUUUUGGUGAUGUUAAGGACUUUGAGGACACUGCUGAAAAGGCGCGCAAAAAUGGCACACUUAUUGUGGUUGCUACAGAUUUACUUGCACUCACCCUACUUCGUCCGCCCGCGGAAUUUGGCGCUGACAUUGCCAUUGGCACCUCGCAACGUUUGGGCGUGCCGCUCGGCUAUGGCGGUCCACACGCUGGCUUCUUCGCUUGCAAACAGAACUUGGUACGUCUCAUGCCUGGUCGAAUGAUUGGUGUUACGCGAGAUAUGGAUGGCAAUGACGCGUACCGCCUAGCACUGCAGACACGUGAGCAGCAUAUACGUCGCGAUAAGGCGACCAGCAAUAUUUGCACCGCCCAGGCUCUACUUGCCAACAUGUCUGCGAUGUAUGCUGUCUAUCACGGCCCAGAAGGUCUAAAGGAAAUUGCCAACCGUAUACAUCACUUCGCCCUUGCCCUGGACACAGGUCUACGCGAAGCGGGACAUCGUGUGAAUAACAAAAACUUCUUUGAUACUUUGCAUGUUACACCCUCGGAAGCCUUGUCAAUAGAUGACAUAAAGACGCGCGCAGCACAGAAGCGUAUUAACUUCCGUUACUUCCCAGAUGGUAGCGUGGGUGUGGCACUGGAUGAAACAGUGGGUCCACAUGACAUAAACGAUCUGCUGUGGGUGUUUAAGUGCAAAACGCUUGAUGAAAUACUGGCCGAAUGCGAUAUACUUACAAACUCCAUCGAGCGUUCGAAAUUUCUACGCACGUCACCCUUUUUGCAACAUCCAAUUUUUAGCUCGCACCACAGUGAGUCACGCAUGGUACGCUACAUGAAACGCUUGGAGAAUAAAGAUAUUUCUCUUGUACACUCAAUGAUUCCUCUCGGCUCUUGCACGAUGAAACUUAAUUCCACUACCGAGAUGAUUCCAUGUUCUUUCCGUCACUUCACAGAUAUUCAUCCUUUCGCCCCCGUUGAACAAGCAAAGGGUUAUCACCAAAUGUUUAGCGAGCUCGAGAAAGAUCUCUGUGAAAUUACCGGUUAUGAUAAAAUCUCUUUUCAACCCAACUCCGGCGCACAAGGCGAGUACGCCGGUCUGCGUGCCAUACGUAGAUAUCAUGAGCACCGUAACGAGAGUCACCGUAAUGUCUGUUUGAUACCUAUUUCGGCGCACGGCACCAAUCCCGCAUCGGCCCAAAUGGCUGGCAUGAAGGUUGAACCCAUACGUAUUCUCUCUGACGGCAGCAUUGAUAUGGCACAUUUGCGCGACAAAGCAUCAGAGCAUGAUAAAGAUUUGUCCUGCUUGAUGAUCACCUACCCGUCAACAAUGGGUGUGUUUGAGGAGACUGUUGCUGAAAUCUGUGAUCUCAUCCACAAGCAUGGCGGACAGGUGUAUUUGGAUGGAGCUAAUAUGAAUGCACAAGUGGGUCUGUGCCGGCCUGGUGAUUAUGGCAGCGAUGUCUCCCAUUUAAAUUUACAUAAAACUUUCUGUAUACCACACGGCGGUGGUGGUCCUGGCAUGGGUCCAAUUGGUGUGAAAGCUCAUUUGGCACCAUAUCUACCGGGGCAUCCAGUAAUUAGUCCACUGGAAUGUGAGCAGGAAAGUUUUGGUGUAGUUUCAGCUGCGCCUUUCGGCUCCUCAGCUAUUCUACCUAUUUCCUGGUCCUACAUCAAACUAAUGGGUAGUCGUGGACUUAAGCGCGCCACCCAAGUGGCUAUACUGAAUGCCAACUAUAUGAGCAAACGUUUAGAAAAUCAUUACAAAACCUUAUACAAAUCCUCGAAGAGUGGACUUGUGGCACACGAAUUCAUUCUCGAUUUACGCGAUUUGAAGAAAACGGCGAAUAUCGAGGCGGUUGACAUUGCUAAGCGCUUAAUGGACUACGGUUUCCACGCGCCGACCAUGUCUUGGCCAGUGGCAGGCACUUUGAUGAUUGAACCCACCGAAUCCGAGGACAAGGAAGAAUUGGAUCGUUUUUGUGAUGCUAUGAUUUCAAUUCGUGAAGAGAUCGUCGAGAUAGAGGAAGGUCGUAUGGAUAAGGUUGUAAAUCCUUUGAAGAUGGCGCCGCAUACACAAGCUCAAGUCAUCUCGGAUAAAUGGAACAGACCUUAUACCCGCGAAGUGGCUGCUUUCCCGGCGUUGUUCGUAAGACCCGAAGCGAAGAUCUGGCCUACUGUUGGCAGAAUUGAUGACGCCUAUGGUGAUAAACAUUUAGUUUGCACCUGUCCACCCAUCCUACCCGAUCUUUAGAUGAAAUAACGGAUUUUCUACGCAAUGUGUUCUUCUUUAUUAAAAAAUUUAACUUUUAAGCUCUUUUAUAUUAAGUACAAAGUAUACAAACA